AUGAAUGCUGCUGUGCGCGCAGUAGUACGCAUGGGAAUCUAUGUAAAAGCCAAAGUGUAUUUUGUCUAUGAGGGUUACCAGGGCAUGGUUGAUGGAGGUGAUAAUAUUGUAGAAGUUUCAUGGGAAAGUGUUUCAAGUAUCCUGCAAGUGGGUGGUACAGUUAUUGGUAGUGCACGCUGCAAAUCCUUUCGUACCCGGGAGGGUCGCCUGCAGGCAGCCUACAACUUGGUUCAAAGAGGAAUCACUAAUCUGUGUGUGAUUGGUGGAGAUGGUAGUUUAACUGGUGCCAAUCUGUUUCGUGAAGAAUGGAGUGGACUUCUAGAAGAACUGGCACAGAAAGGAAAGAUCGAUGAAGAGGCCGUUAAGAAAUACGCUUACCUUAACAUUGUGGGAAUGGUUGGAUCCAUAGACAAUGACUUCUGUGGCACUGACAUGACCAUAGGUACUGACUCAGCCUUGCAUAGAAUCAUUGAGGUUGUGGAUGCCAUCAUGACCACUGCUCAAAGCCACCAGAGGACAUUUGUUCUGGAGGUUAUGGGGAGACACUGUGGGUAUCUAGCUCUUGUUAGUGCCUUAGCCUGUGGUGCAGAUUGGGUAUUUAUUCCUGAAUACCCACCAGAAGAAGGAUGGGAGGAUUCAAUGUGUGUUAAGCUUUCAGAGAACCGUGCACGAAAGAAAAGGCUGAAUAUUAUUAUUGUAGCUGAGGGAGCUAUUGAUUGCCACAACAAACCUAUAACGUCAGAGAAGGUUAAGGAUCUUGUGGUUCAGCGACUUGGUUUUGACACCCGAGUAACUAUCUUGGGUCAUGUGCAAAGAGGUGGAACCCCUUCGGCUUUUGACAGAAUUUUGGCAAGUCGUAUGGGUGUGGAAGCUGUGCUUGCCCUUCUAGAAGCUACUCCAGCUACUCCUGCGUGUGUUGUGUCCUUGUCUGGAAACCAGGCUGUCCGUCUGCCUUUGAUGGAAUGUGUGCAGAUGACUCAAGAAGUCCAGAAAGCCAUGGACGAGGGAAGAUUUCUUGAGGCUGUGAGGCUGCGUGGAAGGAGCUUUGAAAACAACCUUAACACCUACAAAUUACUGUCGCACAAAAAGUCAGAUGCUGAGCUUCCAAAGACUAAUUUUAAUGUGGCAGUUCUAAAUGUUGGUGCCCCUGCAGCUGGAAUGAAUGCUGCAGUGAGGGCUGCAGUGAGAGUUGGCAUAACUGAAGGCCAUAAAAUGUUUGCUGUCAUUGAUGGAUUUGAAGGUUUUGCUAGAGGGAAGAUAAAGGAAAUCAGCUGGGGAGAUGUUGGAGGCUGGACUGGUCAAGGAGGAUCAAUUCUUGGUACAAAACGUACUCUUCCUGCAAAGUAUUUGGAGAAGAUUGCUGACCAGAUGCGCACUAACAACAUUAACGCCCUUAUGGUUAUUGGUGGAUUUGAGGCCUAUGAGAGUUGUUUGCAGCUACACGAGGCACGUUCCCGCUUUGAGGAGUUUUGCGUACCUAUCUGUGUGUUGCCGGCUACUAUUAGCAACAAUGUGCCAGGCACAGACUUUAGCAUUGGUGCUGACACUGCCUUGAAUGCUAUUGUGGAGACGUGUGAUCGCAUCAAACAGUCGGCUCGUGUCUUCAUCAUUGAGACCAUGGGUGGUUACUGUGGUUACCUGGCCAACAUGGGGGCCCUUGCGGCAGGAGCUGAUGCUGCUUACAUCUUCGAAGAACAGUUUGAUAUUCGAGAGCUCCAGGCUAAUGUGGAACAUUUGACUGAAAAAAUGAAAACCAGUAUCCAGCGUGGUCUGGUGCUGAGGAAUGAGAACUGCAACGAGAACUACACAACUGACUUCAUUUAUCAGCUGUAUUCCGAGGAAGGAAAAGGAGUGUUUGACUGUCGAAAAAAUGUAUUGGGCCACAUGCAGCAGGGUGGUGCGCCUUCGCCAUUCGACAGAAACUUCGGGACAAAAAUUUCUGCAAAAGCUAUGCAGUGGAUCUCCAAAAAACUGAAAGAAACCUACCGAAAAGAAGAAGGAAAAGUGUUUGCCAACACGGAUGACUCCGUCUGUUUGCUGGGGAUGCGUAGACGCAACCUGGUCUUCCAACCUGUGGCUGAGCUGAAGAGUGAAACAGACUUUGUACACAGGAUCCCCAGGGAGCAGUGGUGGCUGAAGCUGCGCCCACUGAUGAAAAUCCUGGCCAAGUACAAGACCAGUUACGACGUUUCAGACUCCGGCCAGCUGGAGCAUGUUGCUAUGCACAGCCCAAAGGAAGCGGAACCAGGAGCCAUCUAAAGACAUCCCCUUUAGAUUCCUGUAAUAGAUGCACAUUGUGAGUAACAAUGCUUUAGAAUCGUUACAGCUUCGUUUUGUAACACUUAAAUUAUUGUACCAGCACUUUAUGUCAAGCAAGGCAUUCAGCUGUCACACAGAUUUUGUCCUGUGUUUGUGUUACGUUUGAAACAAGCCCUUAGCACCUAAUGGAGAAGCACCAGUUCCAAUCCUGCCCUUUAAGAGCAAGUGCGACACUGUUCUAUGCACUCUGUAAGUUACUCAUCUACUGCACUUUGUUUGAGAGUACUUACACCCCAAAAAUACGUGUAGAUGGCUAGCUUUGUGUUGAGUUACAGGAUGUGCUUAAUGUACCUGAAGUGAAAUAAAGUACUGUUGCAAACUUCA